GUAUUCAACAAGACAUCGAAACAUAUAGUUAUAGCUUGUAAGAUUUCGACCAAAAUUGGUCGAGGGUUCGUAUAAUCUUGUAAUAGGAGAAAGGGUUAGUUGUAGUACAUAUGGAGAUAUUCAUAGUCUUGCAUUUGCUAGCAAUUUUCCUCUUUGGUGGGGUGAUUGAUUCUACCCAUGCCCUGGUGCAUAAACGUACCUUUGUGGUGGCUGAUACUCCCUACAACAAGCUGUGCAGCAGCAAGAGCAUAUUGACAGUAAAUGGACAGUUUCCAGGGCCAACUAUAUAUGCCACUGAGGGAGACACAAUUGUCAUUGAAGUUAUCAACAGAGCAACUGAAAACAUAACUAUUCAUUGGCAUGGAGUCAAACAGCCAAGGUAUCCGUGGUCGGACGGCCCCGAGUAUGUAACUCAGUGCCCGAUUCAGCCCGGAACUAGGUUUAACCAAAAGAUAGUGCUCUCGGACGAGAUUGGGACUUUGUGGUGGCAUGCCCACAGCGAUUGGUCACGAGCGACGGUACAUGGUGCACUUAUUGUCUAUCCCAGAAAGAAAAAUGACUAUCCCUUUCCGGUACCUGAUGCAGAAGUUCCAAUUAUAUUAGGGGAGUGGUGGAAAAGUGACAUACGGGAAGUUCUAAGUGAAUUUCUACAAAGUGGAGGGGACCCAAACAUCUCUGAUGCUUUUCUCAUCAAUGGCCACCCCGGUGAUUUGUACGCAUGCUCAAAACGAGACACAUUCAAGCUGACAGUGGACUACGGCAAGAGAUACUUACUACGGAUGGUGAAUGCAGUGAUGAACAACAUCAUGUUUGUCAGAAUCGCCAACCACAACAUCACCGUUGUCGGAUCAGACGGCGCCUACACGAAACCGUUCACCAGUGACUAUAUCGCCAUAUCCCCUGGACAAACCAUCGACUUCUUGUUAGAAGCUAACCAAAAACCUAGUCACUACUACAUGGCUGCCCGCGUCUAUGCUGCCGCGGGAACCUACGACAACACGACCACAACUGCUAUAGUCGAAUACAGCGGAAACUACACCCGGCCGUCGUCCCCAUUGCUUCCACCCCUUCCUGCAAUAAACGACACAUUCUCGUCAGCCAAUUUCACAGGCAGACUCAGAAGCCUGGCCGACAAAAACCACCCGAUAGACGUACCCCUUAAAGCGAAAACCAUCCUGUUCUUCACGCUUUCCAUCAACCUACGGCCUUGCGCGAACAACAGCUGCGAAGGGCCAUUUGGAGAACGGCUCUUGGCGAGUGUGAAUAACAUAACGUUUCAGCUGCCGAGGAUUGCGAUUCUCCAAGCUUACUAUAACCGAAUAAGGGGUGUUUAUGGGGAUGAUUUUCCUAAAGAUCCACCCGUGGCUUAUAACUACACGGCGGCUGUUAUUCCCCGGGACCUGUGGACGCCCGAGAACGGGACGGAGGUGAGAGUUCUUGAGUAUAAUACGACGGUGGAGCUCGUUUUCCAGGGUACAAAUACGGUUGCUGGAAUCGAUCAUCCCAUGCACUUGCAUGGACAUAGUUUCUAUGUGGUUGGAUGGGGAUUCGGAAACUUUGAUAAAGAUAAGGAUCCUUUGAACUAUAAUCUUGUCGACCCUCCACUUCAGAAUACUAUUGCAGUUCCUAGAAAUGGUUGGACAGCUAUUAGAUUCAGGGCAGAUAAUCCAGGUGUUUGGUUGAUGCACUGCCAUUUCGAGAGGCAUAUAAGCUGGGGAAUGGGGAUGGUAUUCAUUACUAGAAAUGGAAAGGGCCGAGAUGCCAGAAUACGUCCUCCACCUCCAGAUUAUCCAAGAUGCUGAGAUUAAGCAAUGGGCUUAAUUGUAUUUCUUACUCCGUAAUAUUAUUGUGGUCUUUUGGUAUUUUGAUUCUGUAAUUUGUUAGGGUAGUAAUUAAUCCUGUACCCUUUUAAUUUUUAUGAUUUUUGGAUAAAAUUGGUUGAAAUUUUGAUGUCAUUUUCCGACCAAUUUAAACUAUCCUAAAAUCAAGAAAUUAAAAAAGGUAAAGGACUAUUUUACAAUUCUAAUAAAUUACAGGAUUAAAAUAUGAAAUAACUAUAGUUACUGGAUUAAAAGUAAUUAAACCUUAAGUAAUAAUGGCUCUAUAAGUUAAUUAAGGGAAAAUAAGAAUCACGAUUUAGUGAUUUGUGCAUUAUAGAAUUUCUUGGUUCGACAUUCGGGCAUGACCUGAGAACAUAUGUAUUUUCAUCUGGUGGAAAGGUGUCUGAAGAAGUACGCUUUUUCAUUUUCAUUCGUUUGUAAGGAAAUAAUUCUUGUAAACUUUGUGUUGGAAAUCGCUGUGUACGAGCAAACAAAGAUUUUGUU